GACAUACAAGAAAUACGUGGACGUAUUUUCAUUAUCAGUUAUAACACUUCGCCGGACCUCUACAUCUUAUCUGAAUAAUUUUGAUUCGCUAUCUGAACAUGGAAGUAGAAAAGCCCUUGUCUGCGGAAAUUGUGGAAACAGAAUCACUAAAAAAUCCUGUUGAGGAGAGUAUAGAUCUACAAGUCAACGUUUCCUGUGAUGAGAAAAAUACCACAAUUGAGUCAGGAGAUGAUACUGCUCCUGACUCUUAUAGUGAAGAACAUUUGAAAGAACAAAGUGGUGAUUCUGAAAAUGAAAAUGAAACAGAUGGUGACGAAAGUGAAGGAAGUUUAAUUCUAGAACGACAAGAAGGAGAUGGUCAAGAAAGUAUUCCUCAAAAGGCGAAUAAAGUUGACGAUGAUGAGGAUAAGAAAAAUCCCCAGUAUAUACCAAAACGUGGGACUUUUUACGAGCAUGACGAUCGUACUGCAGAUGAUAUAAAAGCACAAGAAGAUGAAGAAAAAGAUAAAGCUGAUAAAGACGGAGGUAAAAAAAAAUUAUGGCAGGAUAAGAAAGAACGAUGGUCCCAUGACCGAUUUAAUGACCAAGAGCAAGCACCUAAAUCUAAAACAGAACUUAUUCAAAUAUAUGGAUAUGAUAUCCGAAAUGAGGAUGGUCCACCAAGAGCAAGGCGCCGCAGAAGAUAUGGUCGUGGUCCAAAUAAGUAUACUCGUGAUUGGAAAGAUGAAGAUGCUUACAAUAAAUCGGUCUCACAAAAACCUCCCAAAAGGGUUCAAAAACCUCCAUCUCAAAGCAGUGAAGAAUUUCCACCGUUAACUGAUCUCAAAGAAGAAAAAACAAAUGAAAGUAUUUCAGAACAAUCCGAGCAUAAUAUAGAGAGGAACAUUUCACCUCAACAAUCUCCAAACAGUAAUCAGCCUGAGGAAAGGAGAGAGUUCUUCCAGAAGGAGAAAACACCUAGUUCUGUUGAUAACGCAAAUCUAAAUAAUAAAUACUCGGAACCAACCUCUGCUGCAGAGAAUAAAAUUUCCAAAGCAGGCUCAGGAAGGGUUCAAAAAGCGAAGCAUACUAACUCUACUAGGUAUGAAUCCCUUGAUUCAUCAAGAAUCGAUGUAUCUGACUAUAAGGGCUUCACUACCAAAGUUCGCAUGGGUAGAAACUUCAGAAAUCAGAAUACUAAUAAUAAGCACCAGAAGAAGGAUAAUCAUGUGCAGUAUCAAAAUAAUAAAAAGAGUGAUAAUAAAGAACAGAAAGAGGAAGGAUUAGAAAGUGCAAUGGCUGCUAUGAGCAUGCAAGAUUCAAGAGUACCAGAAAAAGGAAAUCAAAGCAAGGCACAAAACAGACAAGGUAGUGUUCCACCUCGUAUGCAGGGAGAACCGAAAGGAUCAAAGAGGUAUAGUUCGAUAAGACAACGUUCUUUGCCUGAAGCGAACAAUCCUCCUGUUAUGCAGCAUACAAAUUAUUUUGCAAAUGAUUUGACUCAAUCGCAGCAAUCACAAGGGACGGUCAUACAUCAGAAUCCGAAUUUACUUCAAACUCCAGCUUCAAUCACCCAGCUGGGUGCGCCACCUGCCAUUCCUCUAGCGCAGCAAGUUCCCGCCCCAAACGCUUCUAUUCUCCAGGGUCCUCCCCAAUAUGCUCCACCCUAUGCGCAGCCUGCUGCCUUUCUUCAAGCAGCUGUACCCCCACCAACUUUCUUGCAACAACAGGCGCCUCCUAUCCUCAACUAUGUGCAGACUCCACCGCAAUUUCCAGCUGGAUAUCAGAGUUUUCCUUACCAACAAUCCCAAUCAACUGAACUUUAUCAACCACAAGGUGGCAUCACUUAUUACUCAACAGAUCAACAAAUUGCUCAAAGAACUGUUCCCCCAAAGAGGCCAAAAGCUGCUAUACCUAUUGUAGCUCCUCCAUCUUCCGAGUUGAAGAGAGGCGAAGAAGAAAGAAAACCAGAAUAUACUCCAGAAGGCGAAUAUAUUGAGUGAGGAUGGGUGAUGAAUUUUUAGUUCAGCCACUUUCGUUUUGACUCCGCUUUCUUCUGUAGGAUAAUUCUGAGGGUAAUAAUUUUAUGCUUUGUGGUUUUCAACUGAGGAAAUGGACAUUGCAUUAGGUAAACAAAAGGUGAAUGGACCGGAAAUUCUGAAAGAAUAUUCAGUUUUUUAUUAAAUUAUUCUGAAUUUCAUUUCUUUUUUUAGAUAUAGUUACAUUAUUUAUUUCUAUUUCAUCUUGACGAAAUGGUAUAGGCUAUGAAGUUGGAAUCUACAAAAUUUGAUAAUUUCCUUCUGAAUCUUCUAUUUGUAAUCAGCAUAUUGCUUUAUAUUUGGAUAAAUGAGAUUGAUGCAAUUUAUCAAUUAUAUAUCUGUAGGAAUACAUAACUCCUAAGCAUAAAUUAUUUAUUAUUCAUCUUUCAAAAAUCUGUUGAAAUACUUUGUUUAUUUAAAGUGGAUGGUUAAUAAACUUUUAUAAAUCGUU